UCUGAACUCGUUCUUGAUCUCUGUGUUUUCCUGUCUCUAUACAGAAUCUGCUGUUGGCUGUGCUGUCUACAGAGCUUUGUUUCUAGCUGUUCUCUGACAAAGGGCUUGUUCUGUGCAGCACAUCUCGUCCUCUUUGUUCAGCCUCUGGCUUCAAACACUGAAUCACAAAUAUUCUCCAGCUGGGAAUCAGACAAGGGCAGAGAUGAAGAACCCAGAAGCCCAACAGGAUGUUUCAGUUUCCCAGGGAAUUCGCAUCAUGUUUUACAUGAUGAAGCCCAAUGAAACGUCAUUCCGAACCCUAGAAGAGGUGCCUGAUUAUGUAAAAAAGGCAACUCCAUUUUUCAUUUCCUUGAUGCUGCUUGAACUGGCUGUCAGCUGGAUUCGAAAAGGGAAGCCACCAGGUCGUGUGGAUGAUUCGUUAACAUCAAUGUCAGCCGGUAUUCUGUCUAGGCUUCCACGGCUGUUUUCCAGGAGCAUUGAGCUGACCAGCUACGUUUAUAUCUGGGAGAACUACAGGCUCAUCGGCUUGCCGUGGGAUUCUCCAUGGACCUGGUAUUUAACUUUCUUAGCAGUUGACUUUGGAUACUACUGGUUCCAUCGCAUGGCCCAUGAGGUUAAUAUUAUGUGGGCUGGACACCAAACACACCACAGUUCUGAAGACUAUAACUUAUCCACAGCACUGAGACAAUCCGUUUUCCAAGUAUAUACUUCCUGGAUAUUCUACUCUCCCCUGGCCCUCUUCAUACCUCCUUCAGUAUAUGCUGUUCAUCUUCAGUUCAAUCUCCUCUACCAGUUUUGGAUCCACACAGAGGUCAUCGGUAACCUUGGUCCUUUGGAACUGAUUCUUAAUACUCCUAGCCAUCAUAGGGUCCAUCACGGCAGAAACCGUUAUUGCAUAGACAAAAAUUAUGCCGGCACUCUUAUUAUAUGGGAUAGAAUUUUUGGGACAUUUGAGGCAGAGAGUGAGAAAGUUGUAUAUGGUCUAACACAUCCCAUUAAUACAUUUGAACCAUUCAAGGUGCAGUUCCACUAUUUAAUUUACAUAUGGACUACAUUCUGGGCCACACCUGGAUUCUUCAAUAAGUUUUCUGUCAUAUUUAAAGGACCAGGAUGGAGUCCAGGUAAACCAAGACUUGGACUGAGUGAAGAUAUCCCAGAGGUCACAGGGAAGGAAGUUCCCUUCUCAUCACUGGCGUCUCAACUAAUAAAGAUAUAUGCAGUAGUACAGUUUGCUCUGUUGCUAGCAUUUUAUGAAGACACCUUCGCAGACAAAGCUGCACUAUCACAGGUCACUCUCCUUCUGAGGGUUUGCUUCAUUCUCCUGACCUUGACCUCCAUUGGACUACUUCUGGAUCAAAGACCUAAGGCAGCUCUUGUGGAAACUCUCCGUUGCUUGGUGUUCCUAACGCUGUGGAGAUUUGGUCAUCUGAAGCCUUUCAUCCCUUCCUUGUCAUUAGCUUUUGAGAUUUUUUUUUCCAUCUGUACUGCUUUCUGGGGAGUACGAAGCAUAAAACAACUUGCCUCUGGCCCUUGGAAAUAACAAGUUUGUACACAAUUCUCUUACUUUAAUCAGUUAUCCACAAUGUCAAUAUAUUACUACGGCCUAUGGAAACAUAAUUAUCUUACACAAUGAUUAUAUGAACUAUUUCUUUAAUGAAAGAUAGAUAUGCUUAUUUACUCUUGCUUGCUUUCCACGUUUAUUAUUUUCUGAUAAAUUAAAUUCAGCUGCACUUACUUCGCUUUAUUUCUAGGGUUUAAAACAUAUGAUUUCAAAUAUAAUGAUGUUAUAUCCACUGAUUGCAUCUAAGCCAAUGGAUACAAGAAAAGGAAGGGAGAAAACUUAAAAACAGGGAAAAGAAUGAAGAUUUCACUUGCGCUGAUUUGACAGCAACAUUUUCUUUGCUAUUGACUAAAAUUGUGCUUAGAUAUAUAUUUGUUGUCAUAAAGUGUAUUACGUUAGUUAUCUGCCUAAGGCUGUAUUUUCCUUUGAAAACUACGCAACCUAAGGAGCUACAUUACAGAAAAAGACAUCACUGAAAUGAAAAUGAAUUGAAUUUGUCAGAAUUCAUUUAUUCAACAGAUUAAUUUAUGAUACAUAUGUCUAAUAAAUUUGGCCAAUUUGUUUUAGCAGAUUGAGGAGCAAGUAGUAAUUCCGUUUUAUUUUAAAUUGCCACAACGGUGUUAAUAAAACUCUCUAAAUAAAAUUGCCCCAGGCAUUGUGUGUACGUUAUUCUUUGCAACUGUAAAAAUCUGCCAAGUGUUUCAUUAGGAGGGAACUGACAGGAUAAGCAGGGCAAGGUUCAAAGUAGGAGGACCGAAAACAGUUGGAUUUUUUUUCUUCCCUUCUUCCAAUAUUAGAUUUAAAGUCACAAUUUAAGUAACGAAAGUUAUAAGCACUAAAACAAUAAAUCGUGUUCUUCAUCAGAUUUGCCUAUAUUUAUCACUGGGUUAGACUGAUCAGUUCAUUAACCUUAUUUUAGAAAUAUGUUAUUUAACCUUUGAACAGGGAAAGUUUUGUGAAACUACUGAAAGAAUCAGACUGCGGGGGUCUAUGUGGACUCAUAAUGCAGAGUGCACAUCUGCUUUUUCACACUGGAAAAGCAGAGGAAGAUUGAAUUUUGCAUGAUGGAAAAAUUAGCAAAUUAUAUCCCAAGCGUCAGAAGUAGGGUCUUGCCGUUGCUUGAUUUGUCUUUUUAUACGUCUUAAUUUAACAAAGAGUUGGAGCAAAUACUUAAGCCCAUAACAAAUAUUACACCCUACUUUCAUCUCUUACCAAGAGUUCUAGGUAGACUUUGUGUAUAUAGAAUCAUGUUAAAGUAGGGAGCCCUCUGCUGGCUUGAAACUGCCAUAUUUAGAGCAUAAAAAUUCUAAAUACCCAUAUUCUACAUCCUAAAGACUCUUCAGUCUACAGGUUACAUCCUUUAAGAAUGGCAAAGAAAAGACAGGUUGAACAAAUCUUUAGGUAAGUUUUUAGUACAUCAGAAGAGUUUAAUGGUUUCCCCAUGAGUCAUAUAUAAAUAUGUAUACAUGCUUGAGUGUAUGUGAAUUAAUAGGAAUGGGCUAAAAAUGAGUUUAAUAAUGGAAAUAAAGAAUUCAAAAAUGAUAACAGAUGGUUUUAUGGUGAAGUUUAAUUUUCUUUAAGUAAAUUCAAAUUUGUCUAUCUCUCUUUUCUCUCUCAGCUACCCCUACUAUGAUCAUAAAUGAUUUUCUUUUAGAAAUGCAGACAUUUUCAAGCUACAAAUUUCCAAGCCAUUGAAAGUGGAAGUGAUGCCCAGAUAGGUAGCAUUCUCACGGCCUGUGUGUGUUAACUGGGGUGCUUUAGUUUUCACCUUCAACCUUGCUGAUUUUCCAGUCCAGGUUUCUCUUGCGGAGCGCUAAUACAUGAUGACAGAUCUUAUUACUGUUAUUAAUGUUUUAAAUUGAUCUUGAGCAAUGCCAUGUAAUUUAUGCUUACUCUUGACUGGAAGCACUUUGACUCUCUCAUUCUCUCAGGAGGAACAGCACUAAAAAUAGAUAGGACUCAUCAAUUACUCACCACUUCUAAAGCAGAGAUGCAAACUGACUUUGCAAAAAAUUAUGAAGAUUCUCAGAUUUGCUAAUCUACCAUAAGGAAGGAUAGAGAGAGGGAAGGCACUUUUGUUUAUUGAGUAGUACUCAAUUAGCAUUAUUUCAUUUGCCUCUAAAGUCUCUAAAAUCUCUCUAAAGAUUUUAAGUCUCUAAAAUCCUGGGAAUUAAGUGUUGUUAAUUAAGUGUUCUUUUACAGACAAGAAUUCUGAGAGGUUAAAAAGCUUGCUCAGGCCUAUGACACAUAAUCAGUGGCCAAAAGAAAAUUUAAAACCUCUGAAGGCCAACAUCAAAGUCCAUGAUGUUUGUCCCUUCCAUGAGGUCAGAAGUCCGAGGCAAAUCUUUAGAAGUCUAGGCUCAGCGGUUUAAGUUCAGAGCAAUUCCUAUUCAAUUUGAUGCUCCAAGGUGCACAAGAAAGUUCAGAGGAUAAGUAGUUAGGAUGCAUUGGUUGACUAGGUGAAUGACUACAGAACUUCUAAUCUUUCUGAGACUGGUAAGUUUUUUUAUAGGGUUGCUGUUUGUCUAAAAGAAGCCCAUACCUGUACUUGAUUUAAUUUGAUAGAAUUGCCCAUUACUUUAGUCUAAUUGUGCCAUUUGCUUCCCCUUCAUCUUAUUCUUUCUAAUUAUUUUUGUUAAGCUUAAUCUAAUCGUAUCAUGGCCAUGAUAUUCAGCAAAAUGUGGAUCUGUAAUUGUGUAUCUGAAAAUCAGGUAGUCACCGAAGUAUAGGAACUCUCGGUAUAUUUAACAUUGCCAGCUUGCAUCAUUGUUUAUUAGAGGUUCUCAAAUUUCACUCUACUGGUGAGGUAUAAUUCAAACAUUCAGUGUGGAAUCUGCAAUAGAACCAUUGAGUGGAAUUCUUUAUGGUAUGGUUUGCAUUAUGGUGUAUAGUAAUGUGACUUAUUAGGGACAGCAACAGUAGUUAGAAAAUGAGCUCCCUUUUUUAUGCCUACUCUUCUAUUUCUUCAUAUUCAUAGCUUCCAGAAUCCCAAGGAAAGAUAGAAAACACAGAGGCUAGUCUGGCUUUCAGAAUCUUAAAGCAUUUUUGCUGUCAGGAUUGUUAGCAGCACUAUGGAAGCAGCCUGGGCUCUACUUAAUCCUGCCUCAAUGAAAGGAAAACUGAACAGACAAUAUUCUAUCUAUUGUUAGAAUAUUUUUUCAAAUCUCGCUCCAGUCUGCCACCAUUCCUUCUCUGUAGCGUAGCAAAUUAAACUCUCCCAUCCCCGAAGACUCAAUUAGAAAAAAUUGUUAGCAAAAGAUGCAAAUAAGCAAGAACUGAUGAUAUUCUUGUGUCUUUUUUUUGGAAUUCCACAGCUCUAACACCUCUUUAGCCAGAAUUUCAACCAUUCCAGACACCCCAAUAUCUGUCAAUCAUAAAUUCAUUUUGGGGGUAUGUUCUCCCUUUUAGCACCAAUAAAUCCAAAAUUCUAACUUGCAGAGAUUUACAUUACAGAAACAGGAAGAAGCAGUCUUUGUCUUUAUGCAUCAGGAUUAUCUGAGGAUCUUGUUAAAAAUGCAAAUUCCUGGUAGGAACAUUGGAAUUCUGAUUUAGUGAGAUUCAAGUGGUGCCAAAGAAUCUGUAUUCUUUAAAGUUCUGCCAGUGAUAAGGUACAGAGGCCAUAACCAAUCUAGAGUGAAAGAAAGCUUCUCUAGACCCUCCCCUCGAGUUUCAGAAAUACACAAAAAAAGAUGCACGAUUUAAGGGAAGAGUGUUUCUUUAGCGAAGAUUUUAAUUAAAAGAAAGAGGUGAUACUGAUUUAAAUAAACAUGGUUAUUUAGAUAUGCCACCAAAGGAAAAGUAUCAGUUUGGCAUGAGAUUAUUUUGUAUAUAUUUACAAACCUGACAAAAGUCUGAAAGUUUAAAAACUAGGUAAGCAUCAGUGAGAUGGGGAGUGAAGGAAUCAAAAAAUAUUGUUGCCAUGGGCCCUGUUUAUGUUUGCCUCUGAUAUUUCAUUUUUAAUAAAGUAUUAUUAAUAGCAGUGUUAAGAUAUCCUGGAGUAGGUUUGGUAGACAUCUAUUUUAUGCUUUCAGCUCUGCUAAGUUCUCUUGUAAUAAUGUGAGAGACGCAUGUGCAGUGAAGAGAGUUCUCAAUUUAACACCAAGUUAGAUAUGAAAGAUGUCCAUAUAUAAGUGUUUCUGUUCUCUCUGCUCGGCCCUAUCCAGACAAAAUGAAAAUAACCUCUCCCUUUCAGAAACAGUACACAGCAGGCAUUUUACUUUGCUGGUAAAAUGAUGUGUGCCAGGACAAUCAGUGUCUAAGGACAGCUAAUUCCUUCUGGGCAGAUGUUGGGAGACCAUCUAACAGUGGUAUCUGGCAGCCACAUGGCACACUAAGAAGCCUUACCCUGGCCUAUGCAAUAGUCUGCAAGAACAAAAUCAUCAGGCUACUAAUUUGCAUCCAUAAGUCAAAAAAAAAUGUGGAUUUUAUGAUAAAUUAGGUGUUGGAUUUUUCCAAGAAAAUUCAUGCUAAAUAUAUAACUUGCAUAAAAUGUUUAUCAACCUAUGCUAUUCACAGGGUGGGGAGAAGAUUAUUGAGAUCACUGAUUAUAUGAAAACCAGAAUAAAUAAAUGUGUUGAAGAAGCAGCAGCAUCUAUUUCAAAAGACUGUACUGGUUAUAAGAAGACUGUGCUCACAUGUGACAAUUGAACACCUGCAACUGUAGAAGUUAUAUGCACUUCCUGAAACUUGACUUUAUCUGGAUUAAAAGAGUCUCAUAAGUUCAUUUCACUUGUUGAAGCUUUACAAGUUUUCUUGUGCACAAACAGAAAGUGAAGCAAUAACUGUUAAUGGGUUGGCUUCAUUAGCUGAAGGCCUUUGCAAUCAGUUAAACAAAACCAGUUUUAUCUCUGUGUCAUCUGAUGCUCCCAAUGGAAAAAUCAGCUAAUACCAAGAAUAGACCAAUAUUUUCAUCCAAUUCAUACAAUCAAAGCAAGCAAUUUUUAAUAAUCCAUCCCACCAACUGUGAAGCAUCUGAUACUACAGAGUCAAUUAAAAAGUUUAAUAUUAAAGAUAAAAUUAUUUUUGUUUUGUGGUGAUACUAUGAAUAAAAAUUUUGGUGGAGUACAUUGUAGUGAUAAAUAUGUUCUUUCUAGAUUAAGAAACUGAUGGCAGAGAAACUGCUUGAAAUUGUUUGUGUUAGACAUAUAAUUAAUAAUAGUGUUCAAAGAGGUAUAUUGCUAGAAUUUAAAACAUAUUUUACCUAUAUAGUUAUUGUAAAUUAUCUACAAAAUUGUUGUGAAGAUGAUGUUCAAGACAAAAGGAUACAUCAACAUGACAGUAUACUUUGCUACCAGACAUCUGAUUAGAAAUGUGUGAGCCUUUGAAGAACAAUUGUGUGAACCAGCCUGUGCCCUCCAAUAGUAUUAAAGUAUUUCAUAAAGUCAGCUAAGCUUGUUUGCAUUUUGUCCAACACUAGUUUGAAAUCCUUAGGCAAAUAUCAAUGAUUACAGUAACAAAACUCCAGCUAUUGGUGCAGUUAGCAAAUCUCACUUAUUGAAAACUGAGCUUGCAAACAGGAAGGUAUUGACAUUUAUUUCCAUGAAAGUAUGGAAGAAGUGAACAAAUUCAAUUUUAAGAGUUCAAACAUCAUAUGACAUUUAAUUUUGAAAUCCUAUGAUUAAGCUCGAGAAUAUAUGUAUUUCUGGGGAUUAAAAAAAACUAUUGAUGAAGCACCAUUUUAAAAAUAAACUUACACUGUGCACCAAAAAGGAACAAAGUUUUGAAAGUCUACAAUUUUGCAGCAUAUAAAUUUGAUUAAACAAUAAAAAUAAUAAAUAAAGGCAAAUUACUUGAUGAGUUUUGUUUGGUAAAAUAUGUUUCCAGUAAUUAUUCUUAAUGAAGCAAAAAUUCAAGAUGUACUAGAAUUAUUGGACUUAAAUAUUUACAGUUUCCCAUGAGAAAAAAAUUAGAACAGAAAAUAUCAUCUAUUUGCUGUAUUGAAUUCUGAGCUUACUAGACACCUCAUAAAGAGUAUUUUCACAAUUAAAAGUGUUGUACAGACAAGAGUCAAUUACAAUUCUCAACACUUUUGAAUGUAUUAACCAUAAGAUGAAACUCUGAGUAA